AUGUGUUAUCAGUCUCGAUUCAUCUGUGCCACUUUUAGCAACCACAUUACCAAAAUGCGCUGCCGGUCCGACGGCAAUCGCCGAUCACCGGCGCCACCACCGCUCCUCACAUUAACCCUCCUCUUUCUCUUCCUUCGUUUGUCCACCGCUUGGCGCCCAUGGCCUCAUCAGAAAAACAACGUCACGGAGCUCCAAUUCGGAGGAAAUAAAAAGUACGAAGGCUCGUCGGAGUUCGUUAAACUGAGAUACCAUAUGGGACCAGUUCUUACCGCUAAUAUCACCGUACACAUUAUCUGGUACGGAACUUGGCCUAGCGCCCAAAAACGUAUCAUCCGCGAGUUCAUCAACUCCAUUUCUGCCGCCGACCACCAGCCCCCGUCGGUUUCUGAUUGGUGGAAAACCGUCCAACUCUACACCGACCAAACCGGUUCCAAUAUCUCUCGGUCGGUCCGGCUUGGUGAAGAGAAAAACGACCGGUUACUAUCUCACGGCAAAACCCUCACCCGUCUAUCAAUCCAGUCUGUGAUAAAAUCCGCCGUGACGGCCAAAACAAAACCAUUGCCAAUCCAUCCCAAGGGUGGGCUAUACCUGUUACUCACCGCCGACGACGUAUACGUUCAGGAUUUCUGCCAGAACGUUUGUGGGUUUCACUAUUUUACAUUCCCGUCGAUUGUAGGGUACACGUUGCCGUACGCUUGGGUCGGAAAUUCUGCAAAAUUGUGCCCAGGUGUGUGCGCGUACCCUUUCGCCGUACCGAACUAUAUCCCCGGUCUGAAACCGUUAAAAUCACCGAACGGCGAGGUGGGGAUCGAUGGGAUGAUUAGUGUGAUAGCUCAUGAGAUAGCGGAGCUAGCGUCGAAUCCACUGGCAAACGCUUGGUACGCCGGUCAAGACCCUUCGUUCCCGGUGGAGAUUGCCGAUCUAUGCGAGGGAAUUUACGGGACCGGUGGUGGUGGGUCCUACACAGGACAGAUGUUGAACGAUCGAGAUGGUGCCACGUAUAAUAUGCAUGGGAUCCGACGGAAGUACUUGGUGCAGUGGAUAUGGAACAAUGUGGUAAAUUACUGUACUGGCCCCAAUGCGCUUGAUUGAACGGAGGGAGUAUAUUUCGGUUUGUGUAUGGUGUUUUGUGGGGCUGUUUAGACUUUUUGCUCAUUUGAGUCUUUUUUAUUUACGUGUUUGUUAAUUAUUUUCAUUAAUGUAUAAUUAAUGAAGUUAAUUAGUUUUAUGCUUUGUUAA